GUCUGUGUGUCUGAGGGAGAGAGAGCGAGAGUGAGUGAGUGUGAGUGCGGGUUGGGGUGGUGGCCGUUACGUUCGGGGCAACGGCUACAGCAGUGAAGAAGUAAGAAGAGAAACAACGUCGGGCGCUUCCGCUUUUGCUUAGGAGAAGGAGGAGGAGCUGGUAGGGAAAGGAGAGUGAUUCGUCCUGGGCCUGGACUAGACCGAGUCGGGCCGGUGGGUGUUUGUGCUAUGAGCCUUUGAGGGUCGCUUGGGACGCGGAGCGAGACACGACAGCCGAGAGCUAUGUCUCAGCCGCCGCCGCCUCCUCCGCUACCGCCGCCGCCGCCUCCCCCGGAGGCUCCGCAGACUCCGCCGCCUCUGGCGGCGGCGGCGGCUGCUCCGGGGGGGCUCUCGAAGCGGAGAGACCGGAGAAUCCUCUCCGGGAGCUGCCCGGAUCCAAAGUGCCAGGCGCGUCUGUUCUUCCCGGCCUCCGGUUCAGUCAGCAUCGAGUGCACCGAGUGCGGACAGCGGCACGAGCAGCAACAGCUGCUGGGGGUGGAAGAGGUGACUGACCCGGACGUAGUGCUACACAAUCUGCUGCGGAACGCGCUGCUAGGGGUGACAGGGGCACCCAAGAAGAACACGGAACUGGUAAAGGUGAUGGGCCUUUCCAACUACCACUGCAAAUUGCUGUCGCCCAUAUUAGCUCGCUAUGGAAUGGACAAACAGACAGGCCGGGCUAAGCUGCUCCGGGACAUGAACCAGGGUGAACUGUUCGAUUGCGCUUUACUGGGUGACCGCGCCUUCCUUAUCGAGCCGGAGCAUGUUAACACGGUGGGCUAUGGCAAAGACCGCUCUGGAAGCCUCCUGUAUUUGCAUGACACUCUUGAAGACAUCAAACGGGCCAAUAAAAGUCAGGAAUGUCUCAUUCCAGUGCAUGUGGACGGGGAUGGACACUGCCUGGUGCAUGCUGUGUCCCGGGCUCUAGUAGGCAGGGAGCUCUUCUGGCAUGCCUUGAGAGAGAAUCUUAAACAGCACUUUCAGCAGCACCUGGCCCAGUAUCAAGCCCUGUUCCAUGAUUUCAUCGAUGCCGCUGAGUGGGAGGACAUUAUCAAUGAGUGUGACCCUCUGUUUGUACCACCUGAGGGCGUUCCCUUGGGGCUGAGGAACAUCCACAUCUUUGGCCUUGCCAAUGUGUUACAUCGUCCUAUUAUUCUGUUAGAUUCUCUCAGUGGCAUGAGAAGCUCUGGUGAUUAUUCAGCCACCUUUCUGCCUGGGCUCAUCCCUGCAGAGAAGUGCACUGGAAAAGAUGGUCAUUUGAACAAACCAAUCUGCAUUGCAUGGAGUAGCUCUGGUAGAAACCAUUAUAUCCCCUUGGUAGGCAUAAAAGGGGCUGCUUUACCCAAACUGCCCAUGAAUUUGCUUCCUAAAGCAUGGGGUGUGCCUCAGGACCUUAUUAAAAAGUACAUCAAACUUGAGGAUGAUGGCGGUUGUGUUAUUGGAGGUGACAGAAGUUUGCAGGAUAAAUACCUACUUAGGCUUGUGGCUGCUAUGGAAGAAGUCUUUAUGGACAAACAUGGUAUCCAUCCUAGUUUGGUUGCUGAUGUCCAUCAGUAUUUCUACAGGAGGACUGGGGUGAUAGGAGUUCAGCCUGAAGAAGUCACAGCAGCUGCUAAAAAAGCAGUAAUGGAUAAUCGUCUUCACAAAUGUUUGCUCUGUGGUGCCCUUUCUGAACUUCAUGUUCCUCCAGAGUGGUUGGCUCCAGGAGGGAAAUUGUAUAACCUGGCAAAAAGUACUCAUGGACAGCUGAGGCCUGACAAAAAUUAUAGCUUUCCCUUGAACAAUUUGGUUUGCUCAUAUGAUUCGGUGAAAGACGUUUUGGUACCAGACUAUGGAUUGAGUAACCUAACGGCAUGUAAUUGGUGCCAUGGCACAUCUGUGCGAAGGGUCAGAGGAGAUGGGUCUAUUGUGUAUUUGGAUGGGGAUAGAACUAAUUCUAGGUCCACUGGUGGCAAAUGUGGUUGUGGAUUCAAACACUUUUGGGAUGGUAAAGAGUAUGACAAUCUGCCGGAAGCUUUUCCUAUUACUUUGGAAUGGGGUGGAAGAGUGGUCAGAGAAACAGUAUACUGGUUCCAGUAUGAAAGUGAUUCCUCUUUGAAUAGUAAUGUUUAUGACGUUGCAAUGAAACUUGUUACCAAGCACUUUCCUGGUGAAUUCGGGAGUGAAAUCCUAGUUCAGAAAGUUGUCAAUACUAUAUUGCAUCAGACUGCCAAAAAGAAUCCUGAUGAUUAUACUCCUGUAAAUAUAGAUGGUGCUCAUGCCCAAAGAGUUGGAGAUGUACAAGGACAAGAGUCAGAGCCUCAGCUCCCAACUAAAAUUAUUCUUACUGGACAGAAAACAAAAACUUUGCACAAAGAGGAGCUAAAUAUGAGUAAAACUGAAAGAACUAUUCAACAGAAUAUUACGGAACAGGCUUCUGUAAUGCAGAAACGGAAAACAGAGAAGUUAAAACAAGAACAGAAAGGACAGCCCAGGACUGUUUCUCCCAGUGCCAUUCGUGAUGGUCCAUCCUCUGCACCUGCUACACCUACCAAGGCUCCCUAUUCACCAACAACUUCUAAGGAGAAGAAAAUCCGAAUAACAACUAAUGAUGGACGACAGUCCAUGGUUACACUUAAGUCUUCAACAACCUAUUUUGAACUUCAGGAAAGUAUAGCCAGAGAAUUCAACAUUCCACCAUAUUUGCAGUGUAUUCGAUAUGGUUUUCCUCCUAAAGAGUUAAUGCCACCCCAAGCAGGAAUGGAAAAGGAGCCAGUUCCUUUACAGCAUGGUGACAGAAUUACAAUAGAGAUUCUAAAAAGUAAAGCGGAAGGUGGCCAGUCUACUGCAGCACACUCAGCCCACGCUGUGAAACAAGAAGAGAUUGCUGUUACGAGCAAACUUUCGUCUAGGGAACUUCAGGAGCAAGCUGAUAAAGAAAUGUACUCCUUGUGUCUUUUAGCAACGUUAAUGGGAGAAGAUGUAUGGUCUUACGCAAAGGGACUUCCUCACAUGUUCCAACAGGGUGGUGUGUUCUACAAUAUUAUGAAGAAAACCAUGGGCCAAUCUGUCAUUUGGCUGAAAGGUGACCUUUGGGAGUGGUUUGAGUUCCAAGUUUAAGGAGUAUCAGAGGGCUGUAGUCUCGGGGGCUCAUCAAUUCUCAACCAGUUCAGUAAGUCUGGCCUUUUUUUUAGAAAUUUGAGUUUUGUUCUACAUUUUUCUCCCAUUCUAUCCGGGACCAUCUAUUGAGUCUCUGGUCGGAACGGUCGGUAGUAGUAGCCAGGCACCAUCUGAUUCCUCUGGCCUCAAGGUAGGUGAUGUCAUUGUUCGUGUGGACUUUUGGUUCGUAGACUGGUUUUUUUCUUUGAAUCUUUAGUUUCCUUCUUUUCUCUUUAUCCCUGGAUGAGUAGAGACCAAUUGUUGCAUCUUAGAUGGCCACUCACAAGCUUUUAAGACCUCAGAUACUACUCACCAACCUAGGAUGUAGAACAUUGCCUUUAUGGACUGUGUUUUGCCACUUGAAAGAGUUCUCCGUGAAACUAAGAUCUUAAGCCUUCAAACACAGUAGACCUAUCCCAUGAGGUGUUUGGUUGUAUCCAGGAGGUAUCCAUAUCUCUGCCCCCUGUGCGCUUUGUAUUAUACUUGAAAAUAUUGCAGUACACAUAAACAUGUAUGUACAUAUGUCUACGGUUAUUCAUAUAUGCCUUCUUGUAAUAUUUAUGCAUGCUAAUAUAUCUGUGUAACUAAACACAUAUUUUUUAGUUGUUAUUACCCUUGUUGCAAAAUUGUACAUCCCCCAGUGAAUUUGUUUUUAACAAAUUUCCACAUAAAUUGUUCAUUGACAUUAGUUACAUUUAUCACAAAUUGUCUGCAUUCUCUUCGUGUCUCUACCCUUCUGUUAGUACUCAAAUAUUCUUCACUGUGGUGGUGCUAUGCUCACUAUUUCUACACUCGGAGCCACAUUUCCCAUCACCUAAAAUAACAAGUCUUUAAGUUCUAAAAUGUACUUAUCACUCCCUGCCUUCUCCCUGAUAAUCACCAAUGAACAUUGGUCUCUCUAUAUUUAUCUGUUCUUGUCUUCUUAGAAAAGAGGGAUCAUACAAUAUUUGUUCUUAUAUACUUAUUUCACUUAGCAUCAUGCCCCCCAGGUCCACCCAUGUUGUUAUAUGUUUCUCAGACUCAUCAUUGUUCUUUAUGGUUGUGUAGUAUUUCAUUGUGCGUUUGUACCACAAUUUCCUUAUGGAUUCAUAUGUUGAUGGGCACUUCAGUUGUUUCCAUUGUCUUGCUAUUGUGAAUAAAGCACAGUGAACAUACGAGUGCAUAUGUCUGGUCCUGUCAGUAGUUUUAGGUCUCUAGGGUAUAUUCCUAUGAGUCGGAAUUGACUUGAUGGCAGUGGGUUUGGUUUUUUUGGUUUUAGGGUAUAUUCCUAGGAGUGGGAUCGCUGGAUUCUAAGGUAGCUCUAUUUCUAGUUUUUUUAGGAAGUGCCAAAUCAUUUUUUGAUAGUGGUUAUACCAUUUUAUAGUCCCACUAGCAAUGAAUAGGAAACACUGGUGGCGUAGUGGUUAAGUGCUACGGCUGCUAACCAAAGGAUUGGCAGUUCAAAUCUGCCAGGCGCUCCUUGGAAACUCUAUGGGGCAGUUCUGCUCUGUCCUAUAGGGUCACUAUGAGUCGGAAUCAACUCGACGGCACUGGGUUUUUCACUGGGAGCAAGGAAUAAGGGUUCCAGUUUCCCCCACAUCCCUACCUACAUUUGUUUUCUGUUUUUUUAAUCAGUGCCAUUUUAUUGUUAUCUUAUUGCUGUUUUGAUUUGCAUCUCUCCAAUGGCCCUGGUGGAAACCCUGGUGGUAUAGUAAUUAAGAGCUAUGGCUGCUAACCAAAAGGUCAGCAGUUUGAGUCCACCAAGUGCUCUUUGGAAACCUCAUGGGGAUAUUCUGCUCUGUCCUCUAGGGUCGCUAUGAGUUGGAAUCAACUUGAUGGCAAUGGGUUUGGAUUUUUUUGGUUUUGAUGGCCAUGGUUGCACAGUGGUUAGGAGCUCGGCCACUAAUCAAAAAGGUCAGUAGUUUGAAUCCACCAGCCACUCCUUGGAAACCCUGUGGGGCAGUUCUCCUCUGUUCUGUAGGUUCGCUAUGAUUCGGAAUUGACAGAACUGUUUUGUUUGAAUGGCUAAUGAUCAUGAGCAUCUUUUCCUGUGUCUGUUGGUGUCUUCUUUGGUGAAGGUUCUGUUCCUCUCCUUUGCCUAUUUUAUAAUUGGGUUGUUUGCGUUUUUGUUGUUGGGUUGUUGAAAUUCUCUAUAAAUUUUGGAGAUUAGACCCUUAUCUGGUAUGUCUUUUCCAAAUAUUUUUUUCCCAGUCUGUAGGUUCUUUUUACUCUUUUGAUAAUACCUUUUGAUGAGCAGAAGUUUAUAAUUUUUAUGUAGUCCCAUUUACCUAUUUUGUCUUCUUUUAUUCAUGUAUUUGUUUUAAUGCUUGUUAUCCUAUUUUUACAGAUGAUUAGGUCCCAUAGUUUUCUUCAGGAAUUUUAUGGUUUUAGGUUUAACGUUUAGGUCUUUGAACCAUUUUGAGUUAAUUUCUGUGUUUGGUGUGAAGUAUAGGUCCUGUGUCAAUUUUCUGCAGGUGGAUAUCCAGUUUUGCAGCACCAUUUGUUAAAGAGACUGUCUCUGUCCCGUUGGAUGGACUUUGAGCGCUUGUCGCAAAUCAGGUGCUCAUAGCUGUUUGGGUUUAGUUCUGAGUUCUCAGUUCUAUUCCACUGAUUGAUGUGUCUAUUGUUGAACCAGUACCAGGCUGUUUUGAUUACAGUAGCUGUAUAGUAUGUUUAGAUCCAGGGAGUGUGAGGCUUCCUGCUUUGUCCUUUUUCUUCCGUAUUGCUUUGGCUAUUUGCGAUUUCUUUCCUUUCCAUAUGAAGUUGGUCACUAGUUUCUCUAUUUCAGCAAAGAAUGUUGUUGGGAUUUGUAUCAGAAUUGCAUUGAAUCUGUAGAUUGCUUUAGGUUGUUGUUGUUAGGUGCUGUUGAAUUGGUUACAAUUUGUAGCAACUCUAUAUAACAGAAUAAAACACUGCUGCUUCUUGAGCCAUUCUCAAAACUGUUGCUAUAUUUCAGCCCAUUUUUGCAGCCACUCUGUCAAUUCAUCUCCUCAAGGAUAUUCCUGUUUUUCACUAACCCUCUAUUUUACCAAACAUGAUAUCCUUCUUCAGGGGCUGGACCCUCCAGAUGACACGUCCAAAGUACAGGAGAGGAAGUCUCACCAUCCUCACUUCCAAGAAGCACUCUGGCUCUACUUCUUCCAAGACAGACUUGUUCAUUCUUCUGUCAGUUCAUGGUAUAUUCAAUAUUCUUCACCAAUGCCAUAAUUCAAAGGCAUCAGAUUUUUUUAGUUAGGUUAAUCCCCAGGUAUUUUAUUGAUUUGAGGGCUGUUGUAAGUGGUAUUGUUUUCUUGAUUUCUUUUUUGGAGUAAUCUUUGUUUUUGUAGAGGAACCCAACCAAUUUUUGUGUGUUGAUCAUGUAUCUGGUAACAUUGCUAAAUUCUUUUGUUAGUUCCAGCAUUUUUCUUGUGGAAUCUUUAGGGUCUCCCAUAUAUAGGGUCAUGUCAUUUGUAAAUAGUGAUAAUUUUACUUCUUUUCCAGUUUAGAUACCUUUUCUUUUGUCUUACGGCUCUAGCUAGGACUUCCGGUACCAUGUUGAUUAAGAGUGGUGAUAGUAGACAUCUUUAUCUCGUUCCCAUUCUGAGGGAAGGUUCUCAGCCUUUCUUUGUUGAGUAUGAUGUGGCUCUUGGUUUUUCAUGUAUGCCCUUAACUGUGUUGAUGAAUUUCCCUUCUGUUCCUAUUUGGCUGAGAGUUUUUAUCAGGAAGGGGUGUUGAAUUUCAUUGAAUACCUUUUCUGCAUCAAUUGGUACGAUCAUGUGGUUCUUUUCCUUUUUUUUUUUUAUGUAGUAGAUUAUAUUGAUUUUCUGAUGUUAAACCACCCUUGUAAUCCUAGUAUGAAUCCCACUUGAUCAUGGUAUAUGAUUUUUUUGACAUAUUGCUAUAGUCUGUUGGCUAGAAUUUUGUUGAAAAAUUUUGCGUAUAUGUUCAUAAGGGAUAUUGAGCUGUAGUUUUCUUUUUUUAUGAUAUCUUUGCCUAGUUUCGGUAUUAGGGUUAUGCUGGAUUCAUAGGAGGGGUAUGGUAGUGUUCCUUCCUCGUCUGUAUUUUUGAAGAGAUUGAAUAGGACUGGUGCCAGCUCUUCUCUGAAUGUUUGGUAGAGUUCUCCAGUGUAACCAUCUGGUCCUAGGGUUUUUGUUUGUUGGUAGUUUUUGAUGGCAUCUUCAAUUUCUUCUUUUGUGAUGGGUCUGUUUAAAUUUUCUACCUGUUUGUGUUAAUUUGGGUAGGUUGUGUGUUUUUAGGAAUUUGUCCAUUUCCUCUAGAUUUUCAAAUUUUUUGAGAGAGUUUUUUAUAGUAAUCAGUUAGGAUCUUUAUCUCUGAUGGGUUGGUUAUAAUGUCACCAAUUUCAUUUCUUAAUUUGGUUAGCUGCCUCUUCUGUAUUUUUUCUUUUCUCAGUCUAGCCAGUGGUUUAUUUUGUUGAUCCUUUCAAAGAACCUAUUUCUGUUCUUGUUAAUUCUUUCAGUUGUUUUUCUAUUUUCUAAUUCAUUUAUUUCUGCCCUGAUUUUUAUUAUUUCUUUUUUUCUGGUUGCUUUUGGCUUCCUUUGCUCUUCUUUUCUAUUUGUUCAAGUUGUUGGUUUAAGUUCAUGAUUUUUGAAUCAUCUUUUUUUAAUGUAGGCAUUUAUUGCUAUAAAUUUCCCUCUGAGUAUUGGUUUUGCUGUGUCCCAAAGGUUUUGAUAUGUUGUGUUUUCGUUUUCUUUUGAUUCUAGGCAUUUUUAAAUUUCACUUUUGAUUUCUUGUAUGAGCCAGUAAUUUUUCAGUACUAUAUUAUUUAGCUUCCACAUAAUUUUUUUUUUCCUUAUUUAACCUGUUUAUUUUUAGUUUCAUGCCGUUAUGGUCUGAGAAGAUGCUUUGUAUGAUUUCUGUCUUUUUAAAUUUGUUGAGACUGGUUUUGUGACCGAGAAUAUGCUCUUCAUGGAAAAUGAUCCAUGUGCACUGGAGAAGAAUGUGUAUUGUUCUGGUGCUGGGUGGAGUGUUCUGUAUAUGUUCGUUAGGUCCAGUUGGCUUAUAGUUUUCGGUUCUCAGUGUCUUUAGUUUGACUCUCCAGCCAUUCCUUGGAAACCCUAUGAAGCAGUUCUACUCUGUCUUACAGGGUUGCUGAGUCGGAAUUGACUCCGCGGCAGUGGGUUUGAUUUUUCGGUCUAUAAUUGAAAUUGAUGUGUUGAAGUCCCCUAUGACUAUUACGGCGUUGUCUCUUCGUGUUAGUUAGAAUUUGUUUUAUGUAUUUUGGUGCAUUGCUGUUAGGUGCGUAUGUAUUUGUAAUUGUGAUGUUUUCUUGUUGAUUUGAACCUUUUUUUUAAUUAUGUAAUGGCCUUCUUUAUCUCUUGUGACAGAUUGAUUUAAAGUUUGUUUUACCUGGUACCAGUAUGGCCAUUCUCUUUUUUGUUUACUGGUUGCAUGGAAUGUUUUCUCCAUUCGUCUAUUUUUGGUCUGUGUUCUUAUGUCUAAGGUGUGUUUCUUGUAGACAGCAGAAGGAUGGAUUAUGUUUUUUUUUUUAACAUUUCUGCCACUCUCUGCCUUUUGCAUGGGACGUUUAGACCAUUUACGUUUAUUACUGAAAGUGAAUUGUUUAACUCAUUCAUUUUGUUGUUUGUUUUUGAGUGUUUUGUAUCUUGUUUGUUAUUAUACUGAUUUUUCUGUUUUUGUUUGUAUUUGGAUUCUUUCUUGUGAUGAGUCUUCCUGUUACUUGCUUCUCUGCUCGUCUCUUAGUGAUUUCUUAGCGGUUACCACAUAUGUUACAUUACAUGACUUAGAGUAACUACAGCAUCUGGCAUAUGAAUAACUGUUAACAUACAAACUUAACAUAAUAAAUCUAUUCUUGAUAUGCUCCUCCCUCCCUCAUUUCUCUUGGUGUGUCUCCAUUAACACCAAUAUGUAACCUGUAUUCGAUAGGUUUAGUUUGUGCUUAUGUCUUAAUGUUCUUUCAUUUGGAGUACUCCUUUGAGUAAUACUUGCAGAGCUGGUCUGGUAGUGGCAAAUUCCCAGAGCUUCUGUUUGUUUGGGAAUGUCCUGAUUACCUUCUUGUUUUUGAAUGACAGCUUUGCUGGGUAAAGUAUUCUUGGUUGGCAAUUGUUUUGGUUCAGCAUGUUGCUCCAUUGUCUUCUGGCCUCUAGUGUUUCUUGGAAGAAAUCAGCAUUGAUUCUUAUGAAAGACUCUUGGUGUGUUAAUUGUGUUUUUCUCUUGUUUUCAAAAUUCUUUGGUUUUCAAGAUUUUUAUUAGGAUAUGUUGUGGAGUUGAUCUCUGUGUGUCUCUUCUCAGUGGGGUUUGUGUAGCUUCCUUUAUUUGCUGGCUUGGUUCUCUGCUCAGGUUUGGGAAAUUCUCUCUGAUUAUCUCUUGAGAAAUUGUUUCAGUGCCUUUAUUGUUGUUGUAGUGCUCUGGGAUGCCAAUAAUUCUGAUGUUAGAUUUCUUAAUUAAAUCCCAUAUUUCUUUGUGGUUUUGUUUGCUUUUCUUUGUUUUUUUCUCUUGUUUCUCUUGAGACCUAAUGAGUUCAGUUAUUUUGUCUUCCAGUUUAGAUACUCUGUCUUCUGCUUGGUUGACUGUAUUGCUGGGUGUUUCUCUUGCCUUUUCUAGUUCAGAUCUUUUAUUCUCCAGUAGUUCUCAUUGGUUUUUUCAUAUUUUCACAGUCCUUGUUGAAGCUCUCAUUUUGUUCCUCCAUUUGCUUCCUGAAAGCCACCUGUUUGUUUUCUGUGUUUUUCACUUUCUUUAAAGAUAUUUAGCACCAUAGUCUGAAAAUUACCAAUUCUUUGCAUUAUUCUGGCCUUCAUAGGAGAGAUUUCCUCUUCUUCAUGUUUGCUUUUCAGUGUUUCUUCUUCCCUUGUUGUUUGUGUUUUUUACUAGUUUUUGUUGAACUUGAGCCAUUUUGUUAUCUUUUCUUUAAAAUUUUUAUUGUUUAUUGUGGGAAGAUUUUCCAUUUGGGUGCCCUAGUUGGGGAGCGGCCAGUUGUCCAGUUGCCAACAGGAAGGCCAGGGCCUAUAUGCAGCCACUCCGUGGGAGAAAUAUGUGACAGACUGCUCUGCCCACAAGUCACAGGCCUGGGAUCCCCAGGAGGCAGCAUACCUUAUCCCCUAGGUUUCCUGUUAGAUAGAACGUCUCAGCCGCAGCAGGACUGGUAUCUUCUCCUGUGAACCACUAGAUGGCUCUCUUAUCCUUAGGUCCCCGCCGCCCCAAGUUGAUUUGAGAGAUCUGUAUAUUUGGUCUCAGGGAUUCAGUA